AUGGCUCAGAGAAAAGCGAUCGUUAAUAUCUACGAGCAGUUCAAAGAGUUGCUCGGCCCGGUCGGCGCCGGAAUUGGCCUCAACGGCGGUGCCCUUUGCCUGUCAAAAUUGGGUUACCGUCAUGUUUGGGAAGAUGUGGCCGAGCAAAUUCACCACGUUAAUCAAGUCAGCCCUAGCGGUAAUAUUUCAAGAAUGUUUCCACUCGACCUGCUGAAGAAUACGCCGAUGGAAGGGCAUUUCAUUUGCGCGCGACGGGAUUUGUUCAUCAGAAAUCUUUUCAAAGCGAUGGAAGAAAAUCCCGAUGUGAAUAUUCAUAUCGGCGAAAAAGCCGUCAAUUUCGACCAAACGAAGGACGAAGCUCUUGUCAGCUUCGAAAGUGGAAUCAAAGACAGCGCCGAAGUCAUCGUCUGCGCAGAUGGAAUUCACUCGGCCGGGAUCGAUUACAUCAUUAGGGAUGAAGAGCUUGCUGCGGCAAAGCACACUGGACAUUGCGUCUAUUACGGGAUUAUUCCGGAUAUUGGCAGGGACAUGCCGGACAAGACUGGUUAUGAAAUCGACGUUGGCGGGGGAUGCACAAUUAUGACCAUGCCUCUGCCAAACCGAGAAGCAAUGAUUGCCGUCUGUCACCCAGGCAACGACGACUGGCAUUCUGACUGCCGGAAAUGGUCCUUCAAAGUGCACGAUGGCGAGUUGCACGAAGUGUUCACCGAGCACGACUUCUACAACCGCCAAUCUAUCAUCACCCCGGAGAUGGUUAUGAACACAUAUCGGCUGCUCCACCUCGGCGUUUUUGAAAAACAAGACUUGCCAAAGUGGCACAAGGGGAGGAUUUGCAUGAUCGGGGAUGCUUGUCAUGCUAUGUCGCCUUUUCUUGGACAAGGCGCGAAUCAAGCGAUCCAGGACGCGUACCUCCUGGCCGAGUUCCUGGACGAGAUGCCGUACGAACAAGCAUUCCAGGCCUUCUACGACGUUCGCCACCCGACAGUGAAAAGACUCGUCAUGGCCAGCGAUGGCUUUGGCUAUCUCAGAAUUGUUGACAGCUUCUUUGGCAACAUUGCAAGAAACGUGAUGCGCGCAGGGACGAAAUACGCACCCGAUAAACUUCUUCAACUCAUGCUCAUGAAAACGAUGGCGCCGAACUUUUUAUAA